AUGGCCAGUGAAGAAGCACCCCAGCUGUCACCCUCGUCGCACAGGCUGCCCACCGUCUCGGCAUCCCAAGCCCUCCAAAGCCUCCAUGCGCGCGGAGCCCGCACUGUAUCGACGGGCCUGGCACAGCUCGACCAGGUCCUCUCACCGCCGAGCCUACCGGGCCACCAUGUCUCGGGCGGAUACAUACGCGGCAAGGUGACGGAGAUCUUCGGCCCGUCCGGAGUCGGCAAGACAGCAUUUGGGUAA